GGGGAUUUACCCUUUAAUUCAAAUGAGGGUGUGGUUCACUUGAAACUCUGCUCUAAGCAAAGAGACGGCACUGGACAGAGCGGCCCACGUUUCCCGUAUUUCCCUGCCGCUCUGCUUCGUGGCGCAGCCCCCCAGCUCAGGAGGCUGGGGAGCGGGGGCUCCGAGAUAGUGCCGCCCCGCAGCGUCCGAGCUAAGCCCUGCAACUUGCCGGCUAGAACAGAAAUCGCAGCGACGAUGCUGAGCAGGGUGACGAGGCUGACCUCCAGGACCCGGCAGUUGGAUCCUGGACGCAUUUUGCACACGGGGUCCCGGGCCCCCCAAAGCGUUGCUGCUCACCUGGAUGACCAGGCCGCAGAUGAUGGUCCCAGAGCGGUGUCCCGCACCAGCGAGAAGGACCCGGCCCGGCACGGGGAGCAGCACGAGGGUCUGCACUACGACAUCCCCCUGCAGGACGUGGGGACCCUGUUCCCCCAGAGCCUGCCUCCUCGAUUCUCCAUGCAGGUGAAAACGUUCGGCGAGGCCUGUCUGAUGGUGAGGAAGCCGGCCCUGGAGCUCCUGCACUAUCUGAAAAACACCGAUUUUGCCCACCCUGCCGUGCGGUAUGUUCUCUAUGGGGAGAAGGGGACAGGAAAAACCCUCAGUCUUUGCCACGUGAUUCAUUUCUGUGCAAAGCAGGACUGGCUCAUCCUGCACGUUCCGGACGCUCACCUCUGGGUGAAGAACUGCAGGGGGCUCCUGCCCUCGGCCUACGACAGGACGCGCCUGGACCAGCCCGCGGAGGCCUCGGCCUGGCUGAAGAAUUUCAAAACCACCAAUGAGCGUUUCUUGAGUCAGAUAAAAGUCCAAGGGCAAUACGUCUGGAACAAGCGAGAGAGCACGGAGAGGGGCCGUCCCUUGGGGGAGGUGGUGGAGCAGGGCCUCACGCGGGCCAAGAGCGCCACGGACGCGGUCGGGGUGGUUCUCAAAGAGCUCAAGGGGCAGAGCCGCGCCGGUGGGUUCCGCCUCCUGGUGGCCGUGGAUGGAGUCAACGCGCUCUGGGGAAGGACCACGCUGAGAAGAGAAGAUAAGAGCCUGGUGGCCGCCGAGGAGCUGGCGCUCGUGCACAACCUGAGGAAGAUGGUGAGGAAUGACUGGCACGGAGGUGCCAUCGCGUUGACCUUGAGCCAGACUGGGUCCCUUUUCAAGCCACGGAAGGCCUAUCUUCCCCAGGAGCUUCUGGGAAAGGAAGGAUUCGACGCCUUGGAUCCUUUUGUUCCCAUCCUGGUUUCCAACUACAGCCCAAAGGAGUUUGAAAGUUGUGUCCAGUAUUACCUGGAGAGCAGUUGGCUUCAGCAUGAGAAAGCUCAUACAGAAGACGGGAAAAAGCAGCUUCUGUUCCUGAGCGACGCAAACCCCGGGCAGCUGGAGCGCCUGUGUGCCCACCUUUGAGCCUCGGCCACAGGGCGCAUGGACGACAGCGGACGUUUCCUUUCACGGACCCCUGUCGCGUGGGGGCCACACGGCCUGGGCAGGACUGUGGUCCGCUCCCUGCUGGCCACCCUGUGAGUGACCGUGUGGCGGGAAGACAUCCUCUUGUUCUGGAAACCUGUAGAGGGUGAUUCUCCCAUUUCAGAGAAUUAUGGAUCCGUCCUUAAAAAUAAAUUACCUUUCUUAAA